AUGCGUUCUAUUUGUAUAACGCUUUGUUUCGCUGCUGCAGUGCUAGCCCGAUCAGCAUCUCAGGAUGGAAGUGAUUCGGGCAUGCCCGACUGUCUGAGAUGUUACAACAUGUUCAAAACCACGGACGAUGUUACUGUCAAACUACUACAAUCGAAGAGCUCUAUUCUAUGUCCCUUUGUGGUCGUCAGUUGUCCAUAUAAGAAUAGCAUUAUCAAAGCACGAUUGAGCAAUGGAGAAAUUUUGGAACUUGCGUCAGGAUCAAAUGUGGAAAAAACGAUGAAAUGCCGUCAAAAAAGAUGGAUUACUGACGAAAUGUCAGAGGACAUGAUGGUUGAGGAAGUUUUCUGCUCGGAAAAAGAAGAGGAGAAAUGUCCAGAAAAGAAGGAAUGUCCCCCACCGCCGGUAUGUCCUGAUCCAGAGAAGAAGGAACAAUGCCAACAUCCAGUGGUUUUCGCUCCGUUCCUUGUUUAUGCAAAUGUGAACGCAAACGAAAAGCCGGUCGUAGUUCCCGGACAACUGUCUAGUGAUACACUACCUCCUGAAAUUGAACAAACUUUGAGGGAACGGCUAACGCCUAAAGCAACAUCGGAAGAACACGUGGAACAUGGCUCAGAGAACCCAAGAAGUGAGAUGAAAAUUCAAGGAAAAUGGCCGGGCCACUUCCUGAAAAUCUUUUUUCCUUUUCAAAGAGAGAAUAAAACGUUUGAGAGAAACUGGUGUAUUAUGCCAUAA